AACGUCACCCAUGACCUAACGCAACAGAAUCUAAUCCCAUGAAUUUGCUAUUCUUCUGAAUAUUGGACUUGAACAAUGAGAAUAGCCAAUAGAAGAAAAAGAAGGAAUCAAAAAAUCCAGCGGUGAACUGAAAUGUCAACAACUUUGACGCGAACAAAAAAGAAUUGUGAAUUGUGUUGCCAAGAAAAGUGAAGAUGGCAUUGAAGGAGACAUUUUACUUAUCACAUGGAUCACCAUCACUUGCCAUAGAUGAUUCAAUUCCAGCAUGGAGCUUCUUCAAAUCGUGGAAGGAGGUGUUUCCUCAGAAACCCUCUUCCAUUCUCGUCAUCUCCGGUCACUGGGACACCGCUGUUCCCACCGUCAACGUUGUUCAUCAUAACGACACCAUCUAUGACUUCUACGGUUUCCCCAAAGUCAUGUACAAGCUGAAGUAUCCAGCACCAGGGGCUCCACACGUGGCAACGAGGGUGAAGGAACUACUACAAGCAUCAGGCUUCACUCGUGUGGAUGAAGAUAGAAAACGUGGGCUAGACCAUGGUGCAUGGGUGCCUCUGAUGUUGAUGUAUCCAGAGGCAGAUAUCCCAGUGUGUCAACUCUCAGUUUCAUCACACAGAGAUGGCACUUACCACUAUAACAUGGGAAAGGCAUUGGCUCCUCUUAAGGAUGAGGGUGUUCUUAUAAUUGGCUCAGGGAGUGCUGUCCAUAACUUGAGAGCAAUUGGGCCUCGCAAUAGCCCUGCUGCUCCAUGGGCUGUGGCAUUUGAUUCCUGGCUGAAAAACUCUCUCAUUGAUGGAAGGUAUGAGGAAGUAAAUCAAUUCGAAGAGAAGGCCCCAUAUGCAAAGUUGGCUCAUCCAUGGCCUGAUCACUUCUUCCCAUUGCAUGUGGCUAUGGGGGCAGCUGGUGAAAACUCAAAGGCCAAACUUGUCCAUGAUAGUUGGGAUGGUGGUUCUAUUUCUUAUGCCUCGUUUGGUUUCACAGCAGCUACUAGUUGAUGCAUUAUGUAUCUUGGUUUCAUCUAUUCAGAUAAAAUUACUCGUGCUGUGCAUGAGCCUUUACUAAUUAUUUGUUGUAAAUUUUCCUCUUUUGUCAUUCAUAGUUGAUAACUUAGUUUUAAUUGUGGAUCCAAAUUGACACUAUUAGCCUACUAUGAAAUUGCAGUUUAAAUGGAAUAAUAAAGCAGGAAGAAACUAUUACAGAGCUUUAUGAUUCCUAUAUCGUGUAUUUGAAGGACUAUCUCUUCUCAGAAUAUUACUUAUUUAAAGCAAAUCAGGAAUUUUGUGGUUGCCUAA